AACGUUUUCCAAUUAAUAAAACAAAACCCUGAAAAACGAAGACCCCGUUUGGUUGGGGUUUAGGCUUCUCCCUCUUCCUCCGGCGGCUGUUGUCGCCCUUCUCCAACUAGUCGCCGGCCGGCCCACGGUAGAAGCAGAGAGAGAGAGAGAGAGAAAUGGGUGGUGGUCGGAGGGACUCGGCCAUCCUCCUGGUGGUGAGGGUGUGGGGAGCUGGAGCCGGAGGCCGUGGGUGGUGCUCGAGAAGGUGGCUCUCCUCAUCUUCCUCCGCAGCUGCCACUGCUGCUAAAGACUCCUCCUCUCCGUGGUGGAAGGAAUCGAUGGACCGGAUGAGAAACAUCGGAAUCUCUGCCCACAUCGACUCUGGCAAGACGACGCUGACUGAGCGUGUUCUCUUCUAUACCGGGAGGAUCCACGAGAUCCACGAGGUACGAGGGAAGGACGGGGUUGGCGCUAAGAUGGAUUCAAUGGACCUAGAGAGGGAAAAGGGCAUCACCAUCCAGUCCGCCGCCACCUACUGCACCUGGAAUGGCUACCAGAUUAAUAUAAUUGACACCCCUGGCCAUGUGGAUUUCACCAUUGAAGUGGAAAGAGCACUGCGUGUUCUUGAUGGUGCCAUACUUGUGCUCUGUAGUGUUGGCGGGGUGCAAAGUCAAUCGAUAACUGUUGAUCGUCAAAUGCGUCGGUAUGAAGUUCCAAGACUGGCAUUUAUAAACAAACUUGAUCGUAUGGGAGCUGACCCUUGGAAGGUUCUUAGCCAGGCAAGAUCUAAACUCAGACAUCAUGCUGCAGCAGUGCAAAUUCCUAUCGGGUUGGAAGAAGAAUUUCAGGGGCUUGUAGAUCUUGUUCAUAUGAAAGCUUACUUCUUUCAUGGCAGUAACGGGGAAAAUGUUGUUACUGCAGAUGUACCCACAGAUCUAGAAAGUAUGGUAACAGAGAAGAGACACGAGCUUAUAGAAGUGGUCUCUGAAGUGGAUGAUAAACUAGCUGAAGCUUUUCUCAGUGAUGAGCCAAUCUCUCCUAGUGACUUAGAGAUGGCUAUCCGCCGGGCUACCAUCGCUCGUAAAUUUGUUCCUGUUUUCAUGGGCAGUGCAUUCAAAAACAAGGGUGUACAACCUCUUCUUAAUGGGGUGCUAAGCUACUUGCCAUGCCCCACUGAAGUUGAAAAUUAUGCCCUUGAUCAAACAAAGAAUGAAGAGAAGGUUACACUGUCAGGGACACCAGUUGGACCUCUUGUUGCACUAGCAUUCAAGUUAGAGGAAGGGCGUUUUGGUCAGCUUACAUAUCUUAGAAUUUAUCAGGGUGUCAUCCGGAAGGGUGACUUUAUGGUCAAUGUUAACACAGGCAAGAAGAUUAAAGUUCCUCGCUUAGUGCGCAUGCAUUCAGAUGAGAUGGAGGAUAUUCAAGAAGCUCAUGCUGGGCAGAUUGUUGCCGUAUUUGGUGUUGAUUGUGCCUCUGGUGACACCUUUACUGAUGGAUCCAUCAAAUACACGAUGACAUCAAUGAAUGUCCCUGAGCCAGUGAUGUCGCUGGCUAUUUCACCAGUAUCUAAGGAUUCUGGAGGGCAAUUUUCAAAGGCAUUGAACCGCUUUCAGAAGGAGGACCCUACCUUCCGUGUCGGUAUAGAUUCUGAGAGUGGGCAGACGAUAAUAUCUGGAAUGGGGGAGCUGCAUUUAGAUAUAUAUGUUGAGCGUAUCCGAAGGGAGUACAAGGUUGAUGCAGCUGUUGGGAAGCCUCGUGUUAAUUUUCGUGAAACGAUCACCCAGCGAGCUGAAUUUGACUAUUUGCACAAAAAGCAAAGUGGAGGACAAGGACAGUAUGGAAGAGUGUGUGGGUAUAUUGAACCAUUACCAAUUGACUCUUCCACAAAGUUUGAAUUUGAGAACAUGAUCAUUGGACAAGUGAUUCCUUCUAAUUUUAUUCCAGCAAUAGAGAAGGGAUUUAAGGAAGCUAGCAAUUCUGGCUCACUAAUAGGGCAUCCAGUUGAAUACAUCCGCAUCGUCUUGACUGAUGGUGCAUCUCAUGCAGUGGAUUCUAGUGAACUUGCAUUUAAGUUAGCUGCUAUCUAUGCAUUUAGGCAGUGCUAUGGGGCAGCCAAACCUGUCAUAUUGGAACCAACAAUGUUGGUGGAGCUGAAAGUGCCGACAGAAUUCCAAGGUCCUGUUACUGGCGAUAUUAACAAGAGGAAAGGUGUAAUUGUUGGUAAUGAUCAGGAUGGUGAUGAUUCUGUAGUUACCGCACAUGUUCCCCUAAACAAUAUGUUUGGAUACUCUACAGCCUUGCGCUCAAUGACACAGGGCAAGGGAGAGUUUACCAUGGAGUACAAAGAGCAUUUGCCAGUGUCCCAAGAUGUUCAAAUGCAAUUAGUGAACAGUUACAAGGCCAGUAAGGGAGCUGAGUAAAUCAAAGCUGCAAAGCAACUGCAUCAAGGAAGGAUCUAGCGAGUCAUGUAUUUUACCAUUUGAGCAAUUUUUGGCAACUGAUAUUAAUGAUGGCUUAUGUAAUCAACAUGAAGCAACAAACCUGGUUUUACACAAGCCAACCGGUUGGUUAUCAGUUGAAUAAUUUUUGGGAUGAGUAGGCUUCAUGUAUGUAUUCCCGUUUACGAUUGGGACGAUUUUUUGGAUAUACGAGUUCAUUCAUAUAUUACAUAAAGUUAAUACUUUUUAGUCUGAGGCUGCUGCUGUCUCGACGAAAUUUGUAUACUUGGCAGAUUAACUUGCUUACACGCAGCAAUAAAAGAUGGAUAUGAAGUUAUGGAGGUUA